GAGAAAAUUUCCCUCAAAGGAAACCUAACUCAAUACCACAUCUAUACUAGGACAAAGGGGGCAGGUAUGUUACCAAAUGGAGAAGAUGAUUCGGAUCUCAUGCAUCUGGUGAAGGAGCUUCAAGCUUCUCUAACGAGGAAUGAUACGCUGGAGAUGGAAAACAAUGAGCUGCGUCAAGAAGUCGUCCGCCUAAGAGCACAAGUAAGCAAUCUUAAAGCACACGACAAUGAGAGGAAAGCAAUGUUGUGGAAGAAGUUGCAGAGCUCAUAUGAUGGCGGCAACACAGACGGAUCAAACUUGAAAGCGCCAGAGAGUGUCAAAUCCAACAUAAAAGGCCAAGAGGUAAGGAAUCAAAACCCGAAGCCAACGGUCAAAGAUCAGUCUACAGCAAUAAAGCCGCCGCCACCUCCACCGCUUCCAUCAAAAAUAACACUUGGAAAAAGGUCUGUGAGGCGUGCUCCAGAAGUUGUAGAGUUGUACCGUGCCCUCACGAGGAGAGAGCCUCAUACGGAUAACAAAAUCAACCAGAGUGGAGUUUUGUCUCCUGCAUUCAGCAGAAACAUGAUUGGUGAAAUCGAAAACCGCUCCAAAUAUCUUUCAGAUAUUAAAUCUGACACUGACAGGCACAGAGAUCAUAUCCACUUAUUAAUCAGUAAGGUGGAGGCUGCAACAUUUACAGACAUAUCAGAAGUGGAGACGUUUGUGAAAUGGAUAGACGAGGAACUAUCUUCCUUGGUUGAUGAAAGGGCGGUCCUAAAGCAUUUCCCUAAAUGGCCAGAGCGCAAAGCAGAUUCACUGAGAGAGGCUGCUUGCAAUUACAGAGGGCUAAAGAACCUUGAAACUGAAAUUUUGUCAUUCAAGGAAAAUCCAAAGGAGCCUCUAAAGCAGGUCUUGCAAAAGAUUCAAUCGUUAGAAGAAAGUGUUAACAACACAGAGAGGAUGAGAGACAGUACAGGGAAGAGAUACAAGGAUUUUCAGAUACCGUGGGAGUGGAUGCUUGAGACAGGAUUGAUUGGACAGCUCAAGUACAGCUCGAUGACGCUAGCUCAGGCGUACAUGAAGCGAAUAACUAACGAGCUGGUAUCAAAUGGAGGCGGUAAAGAAGGAAAUCUUAUGCUUCAAGGUGUUCGAUUUGCCUACACAAUACACCAGUUUGCUGGCGGUUUUGACGGAGAAACAUUACGCAUAUUUAAUGAGCUAAAGAAGAUCACUACAGGUGAAGCCAGAAGAUAA